AUGGCUGAGGUUGCUAAGGGAGGUGUAGUAGUUCCGGAAUCUGUCCUGAAGAAGCAGAAGAGGAACGAGGAAUGGGUCCUUGCAAAGAAGCAAGAGCUUGAAGCUGCAAAGAAGAAGAAUGCUGAGAACCGUAAGUUGAUCUUCAAGAAAACUGAGCAGUAUGCAAAGGAGUAUGUGGAACAGGAGAAGGAGUUGAUUCGUAUGAAGCGCGAGGCCAGAUUGAAGGGGGGCUUUUAUGUUAAUCCUGAGGCUAAGCUGUUAUUUAUUAUUAGAAUCCGUGGUAUCAAUGCAAUGCAUCCACAAACCAAGAAAAUUCUGCAGCUUCUGCGAUUGCGUCAGAUCUUUAACGGUGUCUUUUUGAAAGUUAACAAAGCAACAAUGAAUAUGCUACACAGGGUUGAGCCUUAUGUUACCUAUGGUUACCCCAACCUUAAAAGUAUCAGAGAGUUGAUUUACAAGCGCGGAUUUGGGAAAGUAAACAAGCAGAGAAUUGGUUUGACAGACAAUUCCAUCAUCGAACAGACCCUCGGCAAGUAUGGAAUCAUAUGCAUGGAAGAUCUUAUUCACGAGAUUAUGACUGUGGGUCCCCACUUUAAAGAGGCAAACAACUUUCUAUGGCCGUUCCAGCUGAAGGCACCUUUGGGUGGAUUGAAGAAGAAGAGAAAUCAUUAUGUUGAAGGUGGUGAUGCUGGCAAUCGUGAGGAUUACAUCAAUGAGCUUAUUAGAAGAAUGAACUAG